UAUCCGCCAUUUUGAUUUCCAAAUCUGACAGAUUUGUUGUUGAAUGCCUGCUGAAGUAUAAUUUGUACAGUAGUUCAACCACAGCCGCUCGGCAGGCGUCCACCGUGCGACGGCAGUGUGUAAAUGAGAUUGCAAACGGGCAAGGGUAGCAUCUUCCAGCUAACAACGCACUUCAUGUCAGCCAGCUAUAUGGGCCUCCAGAUGACCUGACAGCCAAAGUCGCCGAGGUGCCGUUCAGCGUGUAGAUGAUGACCGAUAGAAAGGAUGGAUAAAAGACUGCAGCCAAUCUCUCCUGGGUUUGUGUGUCUGUUGUUAGUAUGAAUGAAGUGGGUGUGUUUGUGUUUUCAUUGUGUGAAUUUGCCCAUGCUGAUUGAUGUCCAGGCUAUGUAAUGUCAAUAAGACAAAUGGCUGUUUAGCAAGGUCUGACUGAGGAUCCUACUCCUUGUCCAAAUCUAAGUGCAAGUGUCGGUGACGUCAGCCAUGUUUUGGAAGUUUGACUUACACACAUCUUCUCACCUGGAGGCUUUACUGGACAAGGACGAUGUUACGCUCAUUGAGCUCAUGAACGAGGAAGAUGUGUUGCAAGAGUGCAAGGCCCAGAACAGGAGACUUCUUCUGUUCCUGUGCCAGAACCAGUGCAUGCAGGACCUGGUCCGUAUGAUUACUACAGAGCCCCCUGCUGGCGUAGAGGAGACAAAGCGCUUCAAGUAUCCAAAUAUAGCAUGUGAGUUGUUGACAUGUGAUGUGGGAGUGAUCAAUGAUAAGCUGGGUAAUGAGGAGCCUCUGCUGGAAACUCUUUAUGCCUUCCUGGAGCAACCAUCCCCACUUAACCCCCUCCUGGCAUCUUUCUUCAGCAAGACAAUUGGGAACCUCAUCACACGGAAGACUGAGCAGGUGAUUAGUUUUCUGCGACAGAAGGAUGGCUUCCUUUCCUUGGUCCUGAAGCAUAUUGAUACAUCAGCCAUGAUGGAUGUGCUCCUAAGACUUAUUAGCUGUGUGGAGCCACCCCCUCUUCGGCUUGAGACACUUAUUUGGCUGAAUGAAGAGAAGCUGGCCCAGAGACUUGUAGAGCUCAUUCACCCUGAGAGAGAUGAAGAGAGGCAGUCCAAUGCAUCGCAGACGUUGUGCGACAUCAUUCGUCUAAGCCGAGACCAAGCCAAUCAGCUCCAAGAGAUUUCACAGCCUGACCCUUUGCUGACUGUGCUGGAGUCGCGAAAUCCCAUGCUGACUACUCUCGGUGUGCUGGAGGAACCAUUAGGGAACACGCGUCUGCAUGUAGCCCGACUGGUGGCCUCUCUGCUGUAUACCAGCUCUGCUAGCCACGCGGUCGUAGCACAGGAACUCUGCCGACUCAAUACAAUGGACCUGCUACUGGACUUGUUCUUCAAGUAUACAUGGAACAACUUUCUGCACCUUCAAGUGGAGCUUUGUGUUGCUGCCAUCCUCCGGCCCUGUGCACAUGAAAUGAGACUUCCGCCUGGCUUGGGAUCCCAGGAAAAUGUUGAGCCUCAACAAUAUGCUUCACAAGAGCAGGCUUUGACUGAAACCCCUUCUGAACCUUCAGUCACCCCUGAAAACUCUGCACACAAUCUAAUGGUGACUCAUUUGUUCCAGCACUGCCACCUUGUCCAGAGGAUUCUGGAGGCUUGGGAAGAGAAUGAAAAAAUACAGUCAGAAGGUGGUAUGAGAAGAGGGUACAUGGGACAUCUGACCAGGAUUGCCAACACAGUAGUCCACAACCUGGAGAAAGGCCCGGUUCACACACAGAUUAGUAGCCUCAUCACAGGGUUGCCAGAGGACUACAGAGGGCGCUGGGAAACCUUUGUAGACCAGACCCUGUCGGAGACUAAUAGGAAGAACACCAUAGAUCUGAUUGGCACUGGAAGCCCACGCCCUUCCUCAGAGGAUGAUAUGGAGAGCCCCUUCCCUAAAGAACUGACACUACAGCAGGCUUUUUCAGACUACCAGAUCCAACAGAUGACAGCUAACUUUGUGGAUCAGUUUGGCUUUAACGAUGAGGAGUUCACUGAUCAUGACGACAGCAUUGGGGCAACGUUUGACCGAAUUGCAGAGAUCAAUAUCAAUAUCGAUGCAGGCCAGGACACUGCUAAUACAGCUGUGUUUGAGGCCUGUUCCAAGGAGAGGAUUCAUCCCUUUGAUGAUGAUGAAGAGGACAUUUGGGAGGAGAAAGAGAUAAACUUUGCAACACAAACCAAGUCUCGUAACAGGUUUGGUGGGUCACGAUCAUCCCAGAGCCCAGCAGCCAAUAAAGAUUGUGAUAGGACAGCAGCUUCUGGCACUGAGGUGUCUGACAGAGCAGCAGACUCAGACUCUGAGGAAGGAGAGGAUCCUAAAGAUUACCUGGAUCCUUUCUCAAACCAGGGCCAGACCGAGGCAACAAAGAACACUGGCUGGAUAGCAGACUUUGGGGAUGUGAACUCAAAGGCUCCUGCACCAGGAGGAGGCUUUUCUGCCUGGGACACGCCAGCCUCCCAACCAGCUGCCGCAGAGGCAGAGGAGAAAGGAUGGGCCAAGUUCACUGACUUCCAGCCUUUCUGUUGCUCUGAAACAGGCCCCAGAUGCAGCUCACCUGUGGACUCUGAGCUCAGCGGAUCUGGCAACACCAAAUCAAACCAGAACCCAUGUGUGUGGAGUGUGUGCGUGGCGAGAAAAGCUCCACUGGUGGCAUCAGACAGCUCUUCCUCCAGCAGCUCAGAGAGCGAUGAGGAAGAAGGAAAGAAGAAGUCUGCAGCAGGCGAAAUGGUCACCAAAGAGACCAUCACCACAGGGGCUGGCAAGGAGACAAUUCGGCUCACAGUGGACGCAAAAAAUGAAAGGGCAGUCUUCAGCAGAGUAUUCAGACCAGCAGUCAGACGCGAAGCAGAUAAGGUACCGGUAGAGGGACUCUCCAUCAAGGACAAGAAGAAAGGCAAUGAGAAAGAAAGCGAAAAGGGAAAGAAACACGAAGACUGUCCCAAUCCAACUACCACCAGUCCAACUAAGCAGUCAGCUGCUGUCACACAAGAGACGCAGCCCUCUGCUAAUGGACCGGCUUAACGAUGCAGCACAGGCACACACACACACACACAUGCACACAUACACACACGCGCGUGCGCUACAUACCUAUCCAUUCGACACACAGCAAUGCCACCUUUGCUUCCUGUUAGCAGCCCUCCAAUGCCCUUUUUUGUGUCAAAAGAAUGGAAGGUCAAACAGCCCUUAACACUAUGAAUGCUGGAUAACACAUAACUACACAUAAGUACAUUGAUCUCUCCUUCCCCUUCAUGACAUAAUUACAAGUGGACCGCUUCUAAAAAAAGGAAUGUGUGUUUUAAAGAACAUUUCAUAGUACCAGACCCCAAUGCCAAAUUCUGUAUGAUUUUCCCAUUGGACUUAGAGUGACGACACUCUUACCUGUUGUGAUGAGCAGAGGUUACACUAAGAGUUGGAGUGCCAGCUGUUGCACUUUAAGAAAACAAAUACCGAGGUCUGAAAUUUGACCUUUAUUCAAUUCAGCAGCACAUUUCAUUGUUCAAGCAUGUCUGGGCACUAAAUCACUGUCCAGUGAUUUUUUUCUUUUUUCUUCUUCUUCUAUUAGAGCUUUUGACUGUUUACACUUUAGUAAAGAAGACUGUAUUCAAAUAAUCAGCCAAGAUUACAGAAGCCAAGAUGCUUGCAAAACUAGCCGCCAGUUUCUCUUCAGCAUUUCAAUGUACAUGCCAGGCAGACAUUUCAUUAGUGCAAAUGUGUGAGUGAUAAAAAUGUGCUUUUUUUCAUACAUGCUACUGGAAAGAUUUCUCAGUCCAAGUAAGAUUUCUUUGCUAUGAUCAUGUGCAACAUAAAUGCUCUCUUUUUGUUAAUUUGGAGUAUCAGAUUUUAGAGCAUUAUGUCACUUCCUCCUGAAACCUCUGACAGAUUCCGGUAGUUUAGAGGUGUGUGUGUGUGUGCUGGUGUAUCCAUGUGUGUAGAGAUGUGUGUGUGUGUGUGUGUAUGUGUGUUUAAGCUCUGUCUGAGGUACAGCGUGCAUCUUCAGGUCAAAGGAGAGGUAUACAGCUACAAAGAAAGCACACAUGUGUAAUUAACAGACACACACACACACACACAUACUGUACUAUACACACAUGUAUACACACAUGCAAAAAAAACAAAAAACACAGUGAUGUACACAUACUAAUUCAUAUCACCCUCAGAGCUGUUUAAUGUAAUAUUUGUGAAAUUUAAACCUGUAUUAGGUUGUGGCUAUUCUUGGUAAUAUGUAAACGUAAUAUAAAUGUAUACAGUAUAUAUAAACAUUAUAUCUAUUUUUGGAAUAAAUCCAAUGUAUGGAAAGGCGGUUGUUUUGCAGGUUGCAACGUGUAUAUUGUAUGUGUGUGUUGUACUGUUGAAAUGAGGCAAUAAUGAUGUCUGUGUUUCGGUUAAUACCCCAGCAUCAGUUCCUGUUCCUUUGCUUCAUGCUUCCUACGCGGAGGUUUGGGAGGGAGUCAGUAGUCUGCGCUGUGUCUUCUGUAUUACUUACUUAAAGGAUCAUACCUGUUUAUUAGAAUUUGGGUCUUUUUUUUUUUCAUUCAUCGGUUUUAAACAAAAUACCAGUCUAACCAGUCUUAUUACAAAUAAUUAUAAUAAGAAAAAAACAAAGUUGAAUAUUAAAAUAAUACCAAAACUACUGCUUCAACUUAUACGCUUCAUCAUAUAACAUAUGUGCACAUACCUUUCUCAUGUAGUGAGGGAUUAUUAUCAUCUAGAGUUGAUUAAUUCAUAAAUUGAUCGGCUGAGAAAUAUUAGGUAACUAUUUUUGAUAAUGAAUUAG